AUGGAAAUGAAAAUGGAAGCGACCUCUCCACCUAGUGCUGAACUAGGACCCCCUGAGGCAUCGGAGCCUCUGGCAGCCACCAAUCCACCCAAUACAGAACGCAUCCCAGUUCCUUCAUACCUCGAGAUCCGAAUCGCAUUAGAGCCGCGCUGCACACUCUCAGCUAGCGAUAUUCAUGAACCAGGACGUUACCUAGUCGUCUAUCCGCCCCCGCUUCAGGAGGGUGGUGUUUCGGACUAUGGGAAGGAGGAAAUAAGGGCAUUGCUCGCGUACGCCAUCGGAGCCCUUGAAUGCAAGUGGGUACCAAUGUCUCCUAUGGGAAGACGUGCAAUGAAAACCCUAAAGCGCGCAUGCGAACAAUUUCUCAGAAUUGAAUCCGAGAGAAAACAGUUCAACUUCAAGCUGGCUGCUAAACAGUUGAAAGAGGUCAUUGCAUUUAUGGAUAGCGGGUUACGGGAGGCACCCUAUGGGCUUCUGCCUAGUGACCUGGUAGACAAGACAUUGCAGAUUGGCCUUAUCGAGCUGUACAAGGCAAGCUUUUGGGCUAGGUAUGGGGAAAUGUUAACGACACUCGGCACCGAUUUGGGCUGCGAGAAGGAGAUCGACAAGCUACGCUUAUCUGUUGCAUCUGUAAAGACAGAUUGGGUCCAUAUUGACCGUUGCAUCCAGGGUGAGAACAAGGAUUUUGCGAGCGGCCACUUGCCCGAGGACGAAUGCGUUGUGUACAAUCGCAUCAUGAAAGCGUGCAACAGUACUGGUUUCGAAGCUGAUGAAACUUUUUACAUGAUUCACAACUGGGCCAUCGGGGAUGGGCUGGUGCAACCAGACCUUAUCGACCUGAUCAAGGGUGCUGAAGAGGAUAAUCCCUUUUACCUUGCGAGAAGAGUGUAUUUCGACAUCUGGGACUGUCCAAUGAUCGUGCCACCAGAAGAAGAGACAUGCCUCUCAAUAUUGAGAGAACUUUUAGAGGCGUGCAGGAAUACUUGGUUUGACUGUAAUUCUAGCCCCGAUGACUACAGCAUCUGGCCUCCUAGCUGGCACCUCGCGGAGUUCCUUGGAUACCAGGACGAGGAGCGCCGUUUGAACUUGCCUGACGACGAUCAGCUUCGGGAGGAAAUAUACUCAAAUAUACUCCGUGAAACAAAAAAACAAUUACUGAACUCGGCCCGCUGCUAUUUUCCUUGUCUUGAGGAUUACGGUCAAUUCGAACAAUUCUCAUGGGGCUGCGGAAACAUAUCGUCAGAAUGUCCUCUGGAGCAGGCAGAAAUCGAAAAGGCCCAAAAGCUGGCACGAGACUGGCAACGAGUCGAGCGUCUCGUCCAUGGCGUUGGACAGUCGUGGGAUAUACGCUUCGAGACCAUGGACGGGGUAUUCGAAGUCGAGGAAGGGUUUCGGCAUCAAAUAAUAUCCAGUUUCCAGGGUAAUCCUGAGAUUGAUUACUGGGCCACCUGGUGA